UCUCCACUGGGGCUAUAACUUCACCGAGAGCCCAGUGGAUGCAGCUGCAAUUAGGGGACCACGCCUCAUGAUCCCUGAUUCCCCAGAAUUACAGUAUUUAUACCCUUCUUCACGACUGAAAGGGCUGUCCCACUCUCGCUCGUCCAGAAAACUUUCCAUAUCCAUCGGUGGAUUUCGCUGUUAUUAUUUUAAUUAUCGCGAGAGUCCGCGACCCUCCAGCGCUGGGAGGCUGACCGCUGGUGGGCUGAGAGGACGGUCCAACAAUUUCCCUAGUCAGUGCUCUGCGCUCUGUCCGGGGACACACACACUACUACAGCCAUGGAGUACCUCAAGAUUAUUUUUGUCCUGUCAUGUUGGAUGAAGUUAGCAAAUUCUGUCUACUCCACUGACACAGCACAAGCGCCUACUGCUAUUCCUAAAGAAAAACUGCUGGUCCUAACUGUUGCCACAAAGGAGACAGAUGGCUUCCUCCGCUUUAUGCAGUCUGCAAACUAUUUCAACUACACUGUGAAGGUUUUGGGCAUGGGGGAAGAGUGGAGGGGAGGCGAUGUGGGCCGCUCCAUCGGUGGAGGGCAAAAAGUCCGACUACUGAAGGAGGCUAUGGAGGGUCUGGCUGACCAGGAGGAUCUUGUUGUCCUAAGUGUGGACAGUUAUGAUCUUAUCUUCGCUGGAGGACCAGAAGAGAUCCUCAGGAAGUUCCAGCAAGCCAAUCACAAAGUGCUUUUUGCUGCAGAGGGAUUGGUAUGGCCAGAUAAGCAACUAGCUGACAAGUACCCCUCUGUCCGGAGAGGGAAGCGCUUCCUCAACUCAGGAGGUAUAAUCGGCUAUGCCCCUUACAUCAACAAAAUCGUCGCACAGUGGAACCUCCAUGACAGCGAUGAUGACCAGCUCUUCUACACUAAAAUUUAUCUGGAUCCAUUACAACGAGAGGCUCUAAAUAUGACUUUGGACCACAAGUGCCAGAUUUUCCAGAACCUGAAUGGGGCCAUUGACGAAGUGCUUCUCAAGUUUGGAACAGACAGAGUGAGAGUAAGAAACACUAUGUAUGACACUCUGCCAGUGGUUGUCCAUGGCAACGGAAACACCAAAAUUUACUUGAACUACUUGGCCAACUAUAUUCCCAAUGUCUGGAACUAUGAGCACGGCUGUAGCAACUGCGAUGAGAAUAUGGUGGACUUGUCUCAGUUAAAAGAAUACCCAAAUGUGCUGGUUGGAGUGUACAUUGAACAGCCCACUCCAUUCCUUCCUGAAUUCUUCCAGCGACUACUGGCCCUGGAUUAUCCCAAAGAUAAACUCAAACUUUUUGUCCACAACAGUGAGGUUUACCAUGAGAAGCACAUCCAGAGGUUUUGGGAGGAGAACAGGAAUGUGUUCAACAGUUUCAAGGUUGUGGGACCAGAGGAAAAUUUAAGCCAUGGAGAGGCCCGGAACAUGGGCAUGGAUCUUUGUCGUGAGGAUGCCAGUUGCGACUACUACUUCAGCAUAGAUUCAGAUGUGAUGCUGACCAACCGACAGACUCUUAAGGUCCUCAUUGAGCAGAACAGAAAAAUAAUUGGACCCCUUGUCACUCGGCAUGGCAAGCUGUGGUCCAACUUCUGGGGAGCCUUGAGUCUGGAUGGUUAUUACGCCCGUUCUGAAGACUACAUCGACAUUGUACAGGGAAAACGUGUGGGUGUGUGGAACAUUCCUUUCAUGGCACAUAUAUACCUAAUAAAGGGUGAGGCCUUGAGGAAUGAACUGAAGGAGAAGAACUAUUUUGUACUGGAGAAACUGGACCCAGACAUGGCUUUGUGUAGAAAUGCCAGAGAACUGACCAGUCACAGAGAAAAAGACUCCCCUUCUCCGGAAUCAUUCCAUAUGCUCAGGCCCCCAAAGGGAGUCUUCAUGUACAUAACAAACCGUCACGACUUUGGGAGGCUAAUUUCCACAGCCAAUUACAACAUUUCUCAUUAUAACAGUGACUUGUGGCAGAUAUUUGAAAACCCCGUGGACUGGAGGGAGAAGUACAUCCACAAAAACUACACGCGCAUUUUCACUGAGAACUACCUGGAAGAGCCUUGUCCAGAUGUGUUCUGGUUCCCAGUCUUCACAGAGAAGGCUUGUGAUGAGAUUGUCGAGGAGAUGGAGCACUACGGGUCAUGGUCUGGAGGCAAACAUGAGGACAAGCGGAUUGCUGGCGGCUAUGAGACUGUGCCUACAGAUGACAUCCAUAUGAAGCAAAUAGGUUUCGAUAAGGAGUGGCUACACUUCAUCCGAGAGUACAUAUCGCCCGUCACUUUAAAAGUCUUCUCUGGCUACUACACUAAGGGCUAUGCUUUAAUGAACUUUGUGGUGAAAUACACACCUGAGAGGCAGGCAUACCUGAGGCCCCACCAUGACUCGUCCACCUUCACCAUCAACAUUGCCCUCAAUAACAAAGACACAGACUUCCAAGGCGGAGGCUGUCGGUUCCAUAGGUACAACUGCUCUAUAGAGUCACCCAGGAAAGGCUGGAGCUUCAUGCACCCAGGACGCCUGACUCAUCUCCAUGAAGGCCUGCCCACCACCAAUGGCACCCGCUACAUCGCAGUGUCCUUCAUCGACCCUUGAACUGUUUGAUUCAAGAUUAGUAUAUUUUGCCAGGCUGUGUGUUUGCUUUUUUUGUUUUGUUUUUGUUUUUUUCUGUUGUCUGAUGUUUUUGUGCCCCAAAUGUGUUGCUAAGGCCUUUUUAUUGUUAAAAAGCAAUUAAAUAAUUGCAUUAAGAGACUCUCUGUUAAACAGAGUGUAGCGUGGAAAGGGAAGUGACAUUUAACGUCAUUCACAGUGUACUGUAAAUACACAGAGAAAAGUAGGGAAAAAAGGACAAACUAAUAUGUUGGCAGGGUACAUGGUUGUGCCACAUUCCUGCUCCCAUCCAAACCAUGCAUUUUUAAAUUGUCAAAACUAAAAUCCUAGUGUUUAUUUUGCAAUUCGGUGGCUUGACAUUAUGUUCCCCAUUUUUAUUUAGCAUUGUCAUGCUAAAUGGCGUUAAUACAGACUGGUAGCAUUGCUGGUAAAACAGAUGUACCUUGAAAGUAUUUGGAUGGCCUUUGUGUAUCUUAUUUGUGUUUCAGGUAAAAUGUCACUGAACUGUUUAUGCUGUAAAAACUCGUUAUUUUCUCCAUUCCAUUUCUAUGAGGUCGAGGUGUAAAUCAACUUUUUGUGUAUUGAAGGCUGUGGUAUUUUCCCACAAUUCCAAUACAGUCAAUAUUCAGUUAAUUAAUUUAAUUUCACACAUAAGUUGCUACCUGCCCAAUGGAAAAAAAGAGAUCUCUAUUUUUGUAACUUUGCACACCAGAAAAAAAGAACAACAGACUUCAAUAUGAAUUCUGUUUUAAUGAAGUCCAAUAUAGUGUUUUACUUGAAAGUUUUUUUGUUUGUUUUUUUUUUCAGCAUUAAUUUGCUAGUCUGAAAACAUUUCUACAAUGUUUUCUCUCUGAAAGUUGUGUGAAUGAACUUUGAACCUCAGCCCAUUAAGUUGCUUAACUUAUUGUCAAAUGAUGAAAAUCUAAUAAAUCUUUAUUAAGAAAACUA